AUGUCAAUGAGUGUUGAGCCCCAAACCACUGCAAAAUGUGUUGUUAGCACCAGCAAAGGGAAUUUAAAUAUUGAAUUUUGGGCAAAAGAAUGUCCAUUAAUUACAAAACACUUUUUAGAAGUAUGUGUAACUGGCAACAUUAAUAAGAACAAAUUUGUAAAGCUUUCUAACAAUAAUGAUUUGUUGGUUCUAGAACAGUCGGAAAACAAUGGAUCGGAAUUAGAUGAGGUAAAGAUAAGGAAAGAGAAGAACAAUCGAUUGAAGUUCAAUCGAGGAGGAUUGGUUGCAUGGGAUUUACGAAAUAAUAACAUGGUGAUUACAGUAAAUGAAUUGGAUUUCAUGAAAAAAAAUGACGUUAUAAAAGACUUAGUAAUAUUUGGCAAACUAGUGGACCAAACUAUUUAUACAUUCAGAGACAUUUGUGAUACUGAAUUAAAUGAUGCUUCUGAAUUUAUGUAUCCCGUAGAUAUCAAAUCAACGGAAAUUACGAUACCGUAUUUUAAAGAUUUGAACAAACUUGAAUCUCGUCUUUCACCUUUUGAUAAUUCCAAUAAAGCCAUACCUCCGAAACCAGUCAAUAAGAACAAGUCUUAUAAAAUCAGGGUAUUAUAUGAUGAAGAUAGUGAUGAAGAUCUAGAUGCUAAUCUAAACAAUACAAAGGCACUUCCACUGAGGAAAAAAAUGAAAAUAAAAUUAUCAUCAAGUAUUCAAGACAGUAAAGGUAGAAUGAGUGACAGAAACAGGAAUACUAAUAUAAAUAAGAAUGAUGAUGAUGUCAAUAUUGACUCUCAUAAUGCUGAUGGACCCAUCAAAGGUGACCGUAAGAGUGAAAAGGACAUUGCAUUAUCCAAUGAUUCUAAAGAACUCAAGAGUAGGCCUGACAAAUUGAACUCUGAACAGUCUACUAUUUACGAAAACCAUGAACAAACAGAACGUGAAUUAGAGACAUUGAAAUUAUUUAAACAAUUUCAAAAUGAUGUCACUGGGAAAAAUAUUUUAAGAAGAAACAAAUAA